UAGAAGAAGGGGCGUUCUAGUCAGCGGUAUAUCGUCGCUGUCUCAUUAUAUGGACCUUUUUCUCAAAUCUUCGAGGCAGAUUUGUUGACCUCUUCUUGUCCCUGUGCGUCGCCAAUAAUUCUUUUUUUUUUAAUUUGGGAGGUUGAAUGAAGGGAAACUGCUCGAAGAAUAAAAUUUACCCCCAAUAAUGGUUUUCUCACCCAACGAUGUUGUUCUUAUUAAAUCCCGUCAGUUUCGAUCUAAAAUAGCAGACGGAGAAGACGAAGAGAAAGGGAUCGAGAUUCGAUUUUGGGAAAAUUAGAAUUUGUCAUGCGUAUCUGACGUGUCAAAAAAAAAUCUCCUGAUUGGCUGAUUUAAUUGUCAUACGUGGACAACUUCUCUAAUGCUCAUAUAACCCUUUUAGUAUAGGUUAGAUUUCAAUUAUGUAAGUGAUGUUAUCCGCAUAAUUUAAGAGAGAAAACGGUUUGGGCUUGAACAUUUGCGGCCCAUCCUAUAAAUUAAUUGGCACAUUUAAAAGAUUAGUUAGAGAGGGUUUAUGAAAUUGAAGGCUUGAGACUUGAGAGACACCAAAACCCUAACGAGAGCCGUCUGGAAGCUAGCUCCGCCACCAAAUCAAUGGAGGAAGAAGCGAGAGAAGUGGUGGUGAUCGAUAAAGAUCUGAAGAAGAAGAUAAAGGACACGGUGAAUAAGAUCUUGAAACGAUCGAGUUUGUAUCAGAUAACAGAGGUCAAGGCGCGAGAGGAAGCUUCCUCUGAGCUGGAUCUCGAUCUUUCCAAAGAUCCGUACAAGCUCAUCGUGAGAGAGGCCGUGGAGAGGUUCGUCGAGAAGGCGGUGAUGACGAUCGAGAGUGAGGUGGGAAAGCACCAUGCUCAGAUUGUGCAAGACGUCGAAGGAGGAAGCGAGAAAUCGACUAAGAAGAAGAAGAAGAAGAACAAGACCAAGAAGGAAGAGUCGGCUGCUUAGAUUCCGACACUUUCAUCUUUGCUGUGGUUUUUUUUAGUGUUUUUAAUUUGUGUCUUUUGUUUGAUUCCAACGAUGAAGGCUGUUCAUUGUUGUAACUCAAGUCGAGCCUUUUUAAAAGCUUAUUAAUUAUAUUAUUAUUCGUCUA